AGAGAGAGACAGAAACAGGAGCUGAAUGCAACUCCGAACCACCUUGGAGGACAAAAAAAACCUGUUUGAGAGGGAGGGAGGACCGAAAACAGUGAAUCUGACACAUCGGGGAGAAAAUAACAAGCAGUUUUGUCGGGACAAGAGGAAGGCAGAGUGUAGAGAGUGUGAGAGACUCUCCUGCUGAUUUUCAGAGCCACUUAGGUGUUGACUGGAGAAGAAGCGAAGAGAUGAGCAGAGCAGAGGAGGAGUGAAGCUUUUUAGUGUUAGUGAGGGAGAGCUCUGUCACUCUUCGGGUGUCGCUUAAGAGGAGGAGGAGGAGGAGGAGGAGGCAGGGGCGAAUGUUCCUGGUCUCUUGAGAGAGAGAGAGCGAGAGAGAGAGAGAGACACAAACACAGAGAGAGAGAGACCGAGAGAAGAGGAGGGGACAAGCUGACAGCAAUACAGGAAGAGCAGGGCUGGCAGACGAUGUGCUGCUAACUGAAGUACUAAUGCUCCAGACCAUUUACGAGGCCGACUCCUGUUUCUCCGCAGACGGCAUCGGGAAACACCGGCUGUCUCUGACCCCUCACGACGUUGACAUGCACAACGUCAACAACUCAGUGGACAUUAAGCCAGAGAUUCCACUGGCUCUUGAUCCGGGCUCCCCACUGGACCUACGUACAGACGUUAGGAUGCAGAGCUCUGCUUCAGAUCCCACUGUGUGGGAAAGACAACUUCAACAUGAGCUGCUUCUCAUUCAGAAACAGCAGCAGAUUCAGAAACAGUUACUCAUCAGUGAGUUCCAGAAGCAGCACGAGAACCUGGUUCGCCAGCAUCAAGCCCAGAUACAGGAGCAUUUGAAGUUGCAGCAGGAGCUACUUGCUAUGAAGCAGCAACAGGAGCAGCUGGAGAAAGAGAGGAAACUAGAGCUCCAGAGUCAGGAGAGAGAACUGGAGAGACAUCGCCGUGAACAACAAGUCCUGGUCCUCCGCAACAGAGAGAAGAGCAGAGAGAGUCUGACAGGUGCGGUGGCUAGCACUGAGGUCAAGCAGAAACUCCAAGAGUUUCUGUUGAGUAAAUCCACCAAAGACGGUACAAGCAAUGGGGUCCCCCAGAGCUCCAAACUGUGGUACACGGCCUCCCAUCACACCUCUCUGGAGCAAAGUUCACCUCCUUUGGGAGGAGCAUCCUCCUCCUGCAAGAUCUCCCUGCUCUCCCCACAAGACUCCCGGGACGACUUUCCUCUGAGGAAGACAGUCUCAGAGCCCAAUCUGAAGGUGCGGUCCAGGUUAAAGCAGAAGGUUGCAGAGAGGAGAAGCAGCCCGCUUCUUAGGAGGAAGGAAGGGAGCAUCAUGACACCCUUCAAAAAGAGAGCCCUGGAGCUUCUGGAAUCCACAGCCAGCAGCAGUGCACCAGGAUCGGGGCCCAGUUCACCCAACGGGGCCUGCAGUGCCUUGGGGGCUGAAAACGGACCCUCCUCUCUACCAGUCACGACACGUACUGAGCGGUGGCCGUCACAGUCGAGGUUAUUAGGGCCUGAAAGCUCGAUGUCUAUGUUAAAUCUCUAUACGUCUCCAUCGCUGCCCAAUAUCUCCCUGGGUUUCUCGGCUGCCUCUUCUCCCAUCAGUGCUGCUUUAGGACUUCAGGAGAAGCAUGUUGAGGGUGGUGGUGUAUCAGCGGUCAUUCAAGGUUUGCCCACCCAACUUCUGGGUCCAGUGCCCCUGUCUGUUGCAAUGGAGACCAAAGUGAGCAGCAGCCACCAAGCUCUCCUGCAGCACCUCCUCCAGAAAGAGCAACUCCGCCACCAAAAGAUCCUCUCUACUGGUCAGAGUCCUGUGCAUCCUCCUUCUCCACUGGCCAUGAUGGAAAGCUCUCCAAGCAGCACCCGACCCAAACUGCCUCGUCACCGGCCCUUAAACCGAACCCAAUCGGCUCCGCUGCCCCAGAGUGCACUAGCUCAACUUGUGAUUCAGCAGCAACACCAGAACUUCCUGGAGAAGCAGAAACAGUACCAGCAACAGAUCCACAUCAACAAGAUGCUUUCGAAAUCAAUUGAGCAGCUUCGUCAGCCAAACGUCCACCUGCAAGAGUCAGAGGAGGAAGAAGGAGAGGAUUUUUAUGACCAGGCCAUGCAGGAGGACAGCUCGCCCUCUGGUGGCGUCAUCAGAAAGCACAGCCCCGACAGCAACACCUCCGCUUCACCCACCGAGCCACGGGACACUCACCGCGGAGUCAUCCGGGUGAAAGAGGAGCCCAACGCCAGUGAUGAUGAGACAAUGGUCACUCAGAGCCUGGCCGGCAAGCAGAGCUCCUACAUUCACCAUGUUAAAGGCAGGAUGGUGAUCCAGGCCAUGAUAUGAAACAACAGAUACACCUUCACAUUCGCACACGAAGGCACAGGCUGACAUACACGCGACAUGCUUACACGACACAGAGCCAUUGCUUUGGGAGCUUCAGAACUGAUCUCAUUUGUGAACUUGUGAAGUGAUCUCUGUAUUGUACGUUGUAUGUUUUGUAUAUAAUUGAAUAAGAUGAGAAUUUAGCCAACUUGGUCUUUUAAAUGCUAAGAAGCAGUUUUUGAUUGUUUGUUGAAAUAAUAAUUUAAGAAAUCCUUUCUACUUUCUACCCACCCUUUGAGAAACAGCAACUUGAAGCUCUUGUAGGAUAUUUCUGUGAUUUCCCAUGGCACUAUGGAUUUCUUAUAGAUCUUUCUUUGCUUUUUAUGAAUGUUAUUAUAAAGAUAUGUUACAGUUUGUAUGAUGAAAAAAAAAAAACUUUGUUUGCUGAGAGACUCCCAAAUUGUCUGGAAACAAGUCAGUAACCAUGAAAAUCCACACAACAACAGAAUAAAAGGAAUAUUCUAGGGUUGACACAAGUUAAACUCAGUUAACAGCACUUGUAGGAUAAUGUUGAUUAUCACAAAUUUAAAAACCAAACAAAACAAUGGAAGUUGAUUGGGCCCCAAUUUUUUGAUAAUAUAAUACAAUUUUAUACAAAAUGUAAUAAAUUUUUCUAUUGAAAGUUGUCUGUUGGAUAAUGUUGAUUACCACAAAAUAAAAAAAACAACAAAAAAAAACAAUGGAAGCUGAUUGGGCCCCAUUUUUUAAAUAAUAUAAUAUAAUAGAAAACCCUGUCUAAUUAAUUUUUCUAUUGAAUGUUGUCUAUUAUUUGAGCUGUAAAGUUGUUUGUUUCAUUUUUGGGUUUUAGCCAUUCUGUUGUCAUACAAUGGCAAUGAAGCUGUAACACUCAUAACUUUACACAGAAAAGAUUAGUAAGCAAUUUUUCCUAUUAAAAUCAUGUUAACAUCCGUAUUGUUUACGUACUAUUAAAAUGGUGAGUAUUUUAAUGGAUUGGCCUCAUUCAUUUUUUGCAUUGCUGUCGUAAUCUAAGUGCUGUCGAUUGAGCUAAACUUACAUUGAAACCCAGAAUAUUCCUUUAACAGUUGGAGCGAGAUCUAGAAAGCUCUAGAAUGACAUUCUGUGUUCCCUGUUCUCCUGUGGCCCAAAUCGAAGGCUGCCCUGGAUUGUGAGCAGCACUCUGCUCCUUGCUGAAUUUUGAGAGGGAGAGAGUUGUAGAGGAAAUGCCUGGUGGAAGCCAGGAAUCAGAAUGAUUCAUGAGCACAGGAAUGCUGGGAGAGGACAACUCCACGCUGAAGUCAGAGGGCCCAGCAGUGAGCUCUGAUUUACUGUUGAGGCAAAUUACAAAGCGAGUGAGGAGACGGCGGGGGGAGCCCCCUUUUAAAACCAAUCAUUUCCUCUGUAUUCCCACGUGAUGUGUUUACCAUGACAUGCAGGCUUGAUGUUACUUCGUUAGAAAAAAAGUAAUCGUUCUGUUCUCUCCUGAGGCAGUGUUGCCAUUCGUUGGCCGUCUUUUUUCAUGAAGUGCUCGGAUCAACUCGCGUGAUAGUUUCAAGAAACGCACUAUUGUCAUUUUUUGUUAGCGAGCCAUCUUUCCUGUAUUUUUCUUUUUUAUUUCAAACAUUUGGUGUAAAACUGUUGUUUUUGUGACUGAGAUCCUCUGAAAAAAACAAAAAAAACUACUUAUAGAGGAAAACAUGUUUAAUUGAUGUGAGCCAUCACUCUGUCUACAAAAAGCCUGUGAGUCAACCUGAGCUGGCCUGUUUCUUUCCUGUUGUCUGUUCCACUGUUCUGGAUGUUAAUAAGUACUGUCCACUAGCGAUAGAAUGUCAAAUUUCGUUUGUAACUGUACGCAUCCCCUUCUGUCACAGAUCACCUUUUUUAAAUAAAGUUAUUUUCCAUCCUGUA